AUGGCGUCCUCGAGGACCCUGCAAUACGCGGCGGGAGGCCUGGCCCUCGCGGCGGGCACCGUCUACGGCAAGGUGUAUUUGGAGGUGUGGUCCGUGGAGAGCGCUUGCGCAGCGCUGGCCGAUGAAGUCAGGAGCAAGGAGUCGUCGAGGGCUGGGAUGCGCAGGAAGAUCGGGGCGGAGGGGGAGCGGCUCGCGGAGCUGGAGAGGCGGGGAGCCGAGGGGCUGAAGGAGCAAGAGGCGCUGCAGCAACGCAUACUGUCCACGACGAAGCAGCUGCAGGAAAUGAAAGAUCGCCUGAAGGAGAAGAAGAGGGGGUUUGCAGACGUGCAAGAGAAGAUCACAGCCGCCGUGAAGGGAAUGGAGGCGCUCAGGCGAAACGAAGCCCAAACUGUUGAAGAUGUGAAGGCACUGGGUGUUCGAUUACAUGCAGCCAAAAUGGAGGCUGCACAUGCGCGCCAAAGACUCAACCCCUUCAACUGGUUCUUGUUUGGUGGCAAAGCAAGGAGUAGUUAG